CUCUAAAUAGGCUAUAAGUCACUGCUGCUUGUUGGGGGUCUUUCACAUUGCGAAACUCUGGGAACCCCCACCCGGCUUCUGCAUUAAAAAAAAAAUCUCAAAGACGCAGAGGGUUAAUUUCAAGCUCCCACCACCACCACCCACAUCUCCAAUUUGAAAGCCGCCUCUCUACCGGGAGAGGAAGGCUCUUUUUCGGUCAGAUGGCGUGCUGCAGUCCGCCCCCGUCAUUCUCCAGCCCACACAGACAGGGCAGCCAGCAACCAAUACGCUGCGCCGGAGGAAGAUUUCUGCCAGAGAUUUCAGACGACGUACGAUACUCAAAGGGGAUUUACUACGCCAAUCUGAGCCGGGAAAGCUUUCGGCAAUAUACUGUAGGUAACCGGGUAAGCAACGAAUAGGAUAACAACUGCGAUGUGUAUUUGAGCAAGGAGUUUUCUGCGAACAUCUGGCUCAGGGAUACGCUACUUAAUUGCCUCCAGUCGGUGGUUUUAUUUUAGCAGGAGCCAAUAAUCCAAGUGUUUCUACUUUAGUCUGAUCUAAAUGUAACGUGCUUUUGUUUGAUUGAUCAUCCGGAAUUAGUUUGUAUUUCUUUAUCAGUUUCACUCCGGUAGUAGCCUACCGACCUGCGACAUCGGUGGUUUGGAGACACACCUUACCGUUUUUCCCGUCUCUGCACAUCCGUCUACCUGACCAGAAGAAGGUAAGAGAGGUUUAUGUGUACUUCACCAUCAUCAUCAGUCAUAAGCGCUACAAGAGCUGUGUGCCAUGUCUCUGCCACGCACACUUGGGGAGUUGCAGCUCUAUCGGGUGCUGCAGAGGGCCAACCUGCUGGCCUAUUAUGAAACCUUCAUCCAGCAGGGUGGUGACGAUGUGCAGCAGCUCUGUGAGGCAGCAGAGGAGGAGUUUCUGGAGAUCAUGGCACUAGUUGGCAUGGCCACCAAGCCACUGCAUGUGCGUAGGCUCCAGAAAGCCCUCCGAGACUGGGCAGCGAACCCUGCCCUUUUCAGCCAGCCCGUCUCUAACGUUCCUCUCGGGGGCAUCCCACUGUUCAAAGUGGAGGGGACUGGCACUGGUGGAUCAGCAGGCGGGCCCAGGAAGUCUUUGAGCAACGGGCAGCCGGAGUCACCGUGUGAAAGGGAAGAUCGGGCGUGUCUUACUCCAAUGCACAGUGGGAGUCCAAGAAGCCCUUGCUCCCAGGCCUCCCCACAGCCACCAGACACACACUACAGGGAAAAACUGUCCCCCAUGGACCCACACUGGCUCAGCCCAGAGCCUGAUGGGGCAUCUGGAGUAGACGAGGAGCCCCCCAGCCCACCUCUGCUGUCAACAUGUCCUCCAGGUCCCUCCACAUCUCCUAGCCCCUCUGUUUCUCUUGGCUCGUCGGCCCUGUCAGCCUGGCCCGGAGGACAGCUGGAUGGGGAGACGGCAAGGGCUGUGGUGGAGAGCGUGGAGAGGCUCCUCAGGACCUUGCCCAGGUCCGAUCCUGCAGAGUGGAAGACUCUGCUUAGGAUGAACAAGAAGAUGGCAAAGACUGUGGGACACAUCUUCAAAAUGGGGUCCCAAGAUGUAAGCAAAGAAGAAGAGAUCCGAAAGUACAGUCUCAUCUAUGGACGCUUUGACUCCAAGAGGAGAGAGGGGAAGCAGCUCACACAUCAUGAGUUGAUCAUCAAUGAAGCUGCAGCCCAGUUCUGUAUGCGCGACAAUGCCCUUUUGCUGAGACGGGUGGAGCUCUUUUCUUUGGCUCGGCAGGUGGCGAGAAAAUGUGCCUACACCUCCACACUAAAGCAUGCAAGGACAAAUACUGACGAGAAUAGUGUACUGUGCCAGAAGAGAGCGAGACAUGAGGUCAUCAUGCCUGAGAGUGUGCCAUCAUUUCUCGGAGUGGAAGGCUCAGAGGGUUUGACGCAGAGGGCAGAUGAUGACAGCUUAUCUGCAGAAAGCUUCGACAGUGUAUCGCAUGACAUCGGCUCACAGUGCAACCAGUCUCCAUCCCCCCGUCCCCACACUGACACAUCCAACCCUGCCAACUGGAGUCGCCAUCUCAUACAGCAAACGCUAAUGGAUGAAGGGUUGCGAUUGGCUCGGAUGGUGUCACAUGAUCGGGCUGGCAAGCUCAGCCUAGGGUCAGAACAAAAUCACUCUACAGACCAUGACAGUAAAGUUGAGAGGCGGAGCUCGAUAACAGUGUGCAGGAGCAGCAGCCCUUGCAUCACCAAAGACGACUCUAAUCAUCGUGGGAAAUGAAAAUGCUCAGCUUUUGUCAGGGAACUUGUCCUCAGGCCUGCCACUAAACUCCGCUCAGAGUCUGCAACACAGGCUGCUACUGACACUGACUGAUCUGAUGAGGAGAAGACUCUUAUCGAGUUCAAAAUCAAUACAGUAAUUAUCUGAAUUUACCAGCGACUGACAUCAUAAACCUGCAGUGACAUCUGAACAAUGACAUUGUGGAUCAAAAAUGUUUUGAAUUCAAUGCAGAUUUUAGCUGAUAGUGUAAAAUGUACUGAUUUUAUCAGGACAAGCCUGAUAUUUUGUUAAAUUAAGUCAGUUUAUUGUGAGAAAUGCUGUGUGUUGAGAGUGCCACCUGUUUUAGAAGAAAUGGGCUCGACACAGCAGGGGGCACUGUAACUUUGGAAAUUGUCUCUCUCAUCUUACUCCAGUAUCAUACUGUAGUUAUGUAAAGGACAUUUGGUUUCAAUAGGAAGACUUUUAUCUACAUUUUCAGGAAGUUACAAUCUAAAAACAGUAUGAUGACAUUCUCAGCAGCUCCUCACCCUCAGGAAAAAAAUUGAUGUUUUGAAGUCAGUGUAUUCUUUAGGAUUCAAAGAUGAAGAUAAAUAAAGUAUAGGAGGUAUGCACGUUAAUCUAGAUUUCCCAGAGCGUACAGACAAAACGCCGCCAGGCUCAGAGGCCUUUUGUCCUUUGCUGCAUCAUCUGCAGGCAUGCUUAAGUUUAUGAGAUAUAGAGCCGCAGGUCUUCAUCAUCCCCUCCCUCACAUCUUUCUGUAAUAUUUUGCACAAGCGGCUGAUGUGGUGUUUUGUAAAAAAAUGAUACAUCAGGCUUUUCAUUAUCUUUAAUUAUGUGCAAAAUGUACUGAGAACACCUUUUCUAAACAUGAUGUUAAGAACACUGAUGCUUUUUUGAUUUCCAGUCCACAGUUAACUUUUCAGUUGCCACUCUCUACACAUCAGGUUUUCAAAGUCAGCUAUAGGGUCUUGCUCCAGGGCUCUUCAGCAGGGAGGAUGCUCGCUGUCAUCAGCUGCUCUUCCCUCUCAUCGCGAGACUGCAUUCAAAACUAUAUAUUUAGAUAAUUUAAAAAACAGUUAUCACAGAACUUUUAGAAAAUGAUAAGUGGUGGUGAUAAGUGUAGAUUUUUUAAUGCGAUUUUAUUUAGGUGUAGCGAAAAGAUAUGGCAGCGUGUUUUGGGGAUGAUUUCUGUAGUCUUAAUUAGGUGAACCUUAUGUCAGUUUCCCUCUUCUGUCUUUUGAGACUCAUAGUUAAUUAGGGGGACUAAUCUUUCUGUACUUUCUAGGCUUUAGAAAAAGAAAAAAAAACACAUGCAGAGGUUUACAGAAAGAAGUCUCAUGGUGCUUGACUCUUGAUACAGCAGCUCCUACAAGUUCUGUAAGUCUAUCUGUUUAAAAUUGUUAAAAUGUUUUCAGACUUCAUGUAAUGACAAGGCUCGUGUUGAAAAUGCAUUUUUGUAUACUUAACCACAGUAUGUCAGUGAGGUAGCUUGCUGUGCAUCAGUUACACCUGCCUGUCUCUUGAGCAUUAGUAACCUCAGUUUAUUAUGUUGCAAAACAGAUUAUUUAUUUUGUUACAUCUCAAUAAAUGUUAUUUUAUUGCCUAAAA